GAGGAGCGUGAGUUAUGUUAUGAUCAGACCGGCCAUUGUUAAGUACAACGCGAAAGAUUGUUUAUAGCUCCUGAACGACAAAGAUGGGGCUGUCAGAGGAAGGCGAGGAUAAUGUUGAGAAACGCUUCGAAGACUUAUGUCUGGAACUGAACAUGGACCAAAGUGCAAAAGAAGAGGCAUGGGAACAUUACGAGAGAAUAAACACAAAUUACACGUUGGAGGGAGACACCAUUCACUGGUUAGCUUGCGCGCUGUAUCAUGCUUGUCGGCGUACGGUCAUUCCGACCGUCGGUCGAGGGGUUAUUGAGGGAAAUUGCGUCUCCCUGACACGACUCCUGCGAUCUGCCAAGCUUAGUCUUCUCCAGUUUUUCAACAAGAUGAAGAAGUGGGCCGACAUGGCCAACUUUGCACAAGAAUUCCGCGACAAGGUGGACAGAUUGGAACGCAACUUUGCCGUCUCUACGGUGAUUUUCAAAAAAUUUGAGCCAAUAUUUUUGGAUAUAUUUAAGAAUCCUGCUGACGAUCCUCCUAAACAGGUUAGGAGUAGAAAACAGAGGCGCCUGCCUUGUACUCCUUCUGAUGUGUUCAAUUUCUGUUGGACCAUGUUUGUCCAAGUAAAAGGUACGUUUCUUGGUGGCUUGUUCAAAUAG